AUUGAUCUUAACGUUUUGAGGAAUUUCUUCCGUCUUCUUCCUCUUGACCGCCGGCGCUCCUUUUCUACGAAUAACGGUCACAAUUAUGAUCCAGCUAAUUACAGGUUAAUGUCGUGCAGUGGACAUGUGAGAGCUCAAAAAUGCCAUUUUUUUGUUGGCACAAUUCCUACUGCAUACGGAGGCGAAGUCUCCGUUCCUGCCCAAUAAAAUACCAUCACGAGCGCCAUGUUGCCCUUCGCAAAGUCCACGACUUUGAUUCGUGAUUUUCUUCUCGACCGCCCCCCUCUGUCUACCUCUCUGCUCCUUUUGUUCGCCGGCGGCUCUUUCCGAUCAAGCCAAGCUAAGCCGGCCGAGAAGUCUGCCGCCUCUUCUUCUUUUCCGGUUUCAUCCGAUGAUAUUCCAGUUGCGCUGUCUUUCACCAGAUGCGCUAUUGUGAUCAUCAAGUAUAAACAAUGCUAUUGUGACGCGUGCGGCUAGGGUUUAGGGAAUUGCUGGAAGAUUUUGAUUUCAGGCUUUGGAAAAGCUUCUACAAUAGGGAUGGGGAAGGCGUCACCUUUUCUCCUCGUCUUUGUGGGAUGUGGGUUCUUUAUUGCCUCCUACAAUUUCUUUACAAUGGUAAUUCAGAACCAGAAAAGUGGUUCUACUAAUCAGUUGAUAGAUCACUCAGCUCUUUCACUUCUAGCUGAUCCUGUUGUGGCGAUGCCAAAUCAUUUAAAGAAGGCGAGAGGGUCGAAGAGGCUAUUUCAUGUUGCUCUCACUGCGACUGAUGCGCCUUAUAGUAAAUGGCAGUGCAGGAUAAUGUACUACUGGUUCAAGAAGGUGAAGGAUAUGGAGGGUUCAGAGAUUGGUGGAUUCACAAGAGUUCUACAUUCAGGGAAGCCUGAUAAUUUGAUGGAUGAGAUCCCUACCUUUGUUGUGGAUCCUCUUCCAGCUGGUAUGGAUAGGGGCUAUGUUGUAUUGAAUCGACCAUGGGCAUUUGUUCAAUGGCUGGAAAAAGCAAAAAUUGAGGAAGACUACAUACUAAUGGCAGAACCAGACCACAUAUUUGUGAAUCCUUUACCAAACUUAUCUCGUGGAGAUUACCCAGCUGCAUUCCCGUUCUUCUAUAUUAAACCAUCUGAAAAUGAGAUAAUACUAAGGAAGUUCUAUCCUGAGGACAAAGGACCUGUGACAAAUAUUGAUCCCAUCGGCAAUUCUCCGGUUAUUAUAAAGAAGUCUCAACUGGAAAGAAUUGCUCCUACUUGGAUGAAUGUCUCCCUCAAAAUGAAAGAAGAUCCUGAGGCAGAUAAAGUUUUCGGUUGGGUUCUUGAAAUGUAUGCUUAUGCUGUUGCCAGUGCAUUGCAUGGAGUACAACAUAUUCUACAUAAAGAUUUUAUGAUACAGCCUCCUUGGGAUUUGAAGGUGGGGAAGUCAUUCAUCAUUCAUUACACGUAUGGUUGUGACUACUCUUUAAAGGGUGAACUGACUUACGGAAAGAUUGGGGAAUGGCGCUUUGACAAGAGAUCACACAUUCGAGGUCCACCGCCAAGAAACAUUUCAUUACCUCCGCCUGGAGUUCCCGAAAGUGUGGUUAGGCUAGUGAAAAUGGUGAAUGAAGCUACUGCAAAUAUUCCUGGCUGGGAAGAAGGAAGGUAGAAAACUAAAUUGAGAAAGCAAAGGAGUACUAAAUUCUAAUUUCAGUGGGCAGCA